AUGGAUUGGAUAGCCGUACAUGUGGUGGACUUUUUUAACCGAAUAAACCUGAUAUACGGAACGGUAUGCGAUCACUGCACAGAAGAUACCUGUCCUCGAAUGAGCGGAGGACACAAAUACGAAUAUUUAUGGGCCGAUGGCGUCAAGUAUAAGAAACCCGUACCCCUUCCCGCCCCCCGCUAUAUAGCCCUCCUAAUGGACUGGACUGAGUCACAGAUCAACAACGAGGCGAUAUUCCCGACCAAAAACGACGUGCCGUUUCCCAAACAAUUCAUACCCACGUGUAAGAAGAUAUUGGCCCGACUUUUCCGGGUCUUUGUUCACGUCUAUAUCCAUCACUUCGAUAGACUGUUGUCCAUCGGAGCCGAAGCUCAUUGUAAUACAUGUUACAAACAUUUCUAUUAUUUCGUCAAUCACUUCGAACUCGUCAGUCACAAGGAGUUCGAGCCUCUC